AUGCCUCCGAGACAGGACCCAACCAAUGCUCAGCUUGCUCAAGCAAUGGCCCAGCUGGCUCAGGUGAUGACCCAGCAGGCUGCCACUGCUGCUGCUCAGGCCACGGCACAGCUUCAACGGGAAGCUGAAGAGAACACCCGGAGAGCUGAGGAGGAUGCCAGAAGGGCACAACGGGCUGAGAGGGAGCUGGCACAGGACCGGAUCCGCAUGAGAACUGAUUUCAAUCGUCAUGGACCACCUAACUUCCAAGGCGAAGUGGAGCCCGAGAAAGCUGAUCUUUGGAUUCAGGAAAUGGAGAAAAUCUUUGAGGCUCUCCAUACACCUGACGUUGAGAAGGUAAAUCUGGCGACCUUUAUGCUGAAGGGUGACGCUGAGUACUGGUGGCGGAGCGCCAAACAGCUGAUGACUGCCAACAAUGUGGCCAUCACAUGGGAGUCCUUCAAAAGGGCUUUCAUGGAGAAGUACUUUCCGGAGACUGCCAGGGAAGACAUGGAGAAUCAAUUCCUCAACCUGAGACAGGGGCUAAUGACCGUGGGGGAAUAUGCUGCAAGACUGGAGACCCUGUCCAAACACUUUCGCUUUUUCCAAGUACGAGUGGAUGAAGCGUACCUAUGCAACCGAUUCAUGAGGGGUUUGAGGAAUGACAUUGAGGAGUCUGUGAGGCCAUUGGGAAUCAGAGUCUUCCAACAAUUGGUGGAGAAAGCUCGUGAAGUGGAGUCGAUGAAGAAUCGUCAGAGGGGCAAGUAUGACAGUGGAGGUCCGAUCCGUUCUGGACAGAGGCCGACCGGACGGUUUGAGGGACAGAGACAAGCUGGUAGGUUUGACAGGGGCAAGGCUCCGAUGAGGAAACCUUACCAACGCCCUACUGAUAGGGUGCCUUUUGCUGGAAGGAAUGUGGUACGUGCUCCUAAGGACGAUGUCGUCUGUUACAAGUGCAACCAGAAGGGACACUAUUCAAAUGAAUGUGGGAAGGAGUAUGUGUGCUGGAAGUGCCAGAAACCAGGGCAUGUUGAGAGAGACUGUCCUGAUGCUGCUAAGGCCGAGCCAGUGCUGAAUGCUGCCAGGGGAAAGCGACCUUCUGCUCCAGGUCGUGUGUUUGCAAUGUCUGGGGAACAAGCUGCUGUGACUGAUGACCUUAUCUAG